GCCCGCCGGGGAGGAAGGGAAGGGAAGGGGAGCGGGCUGCGCUGUUGCCCUUUUAAGCGAGCGAGCGGGCGCCGGAGGCCGGUACAAAGGGAGCUCCGCCGUGCCCCGCCGGCUGGGGCUGCCCCGGCCCCGCCAUCUUCUGCCCCGCAGGCGCGGCCGGGGCCAGGGUCGGGCCGGCUGAGUCGGAGGGAGGCGGCGGCAGCGCAGGCCCGGGCCCGGAGAUGAGGCCAGGAUGUCGGUGUCAGGGCUCAAGGCCGAGCUGAAGUUCCUCGAGUCCAUUUUCGACAAGGACCACGAGCGCUUCCGCAUCGUCUCCUGGAAGCUGGACGAGCUCCACUGCCAGUUUGUGCUCCUGCCACCGCCACCGGGCUCCAGCCCGCAGCCGCCGCCGCCGCUCACCAUCCACUGCAACAUCACGGAAUCUUACCCCUCUUCAUCACCAAUAUGGUUUGUAGAAUCAGAUGACCCAAACCUGACUUCAGUCUUAGAGCGUUUAGAAGAUAUUAAGAAGAGCAAUACUCUGCUUCUUCAGCAGCUGAAGCGAUUAAUAUGUGACCUCUGCAGAUUAUAUAAUCUUCCUCAGCAUCCAGAUGUUGAAAUGUUAGAUCAGCCAUUGCCAGCUGGACAGAAUGGAACAACAGAAGAAGUUACAUCAGAGGAGGAGGAAGAAGAUGAUAUGGGUGAAGACAUUGAAGAUCUGGAUCACUAUGAUAUGAAGGAGGAGGAACCAGUUGAUGGGAAGAAAUCUGAGGAUGAAGGCAUUGAAAAAGAGAACCUUGCAAUCUUAGAAAAAAUCAGAAAAAAUCAAAGGCAAGAUCACUUAAAUGGUGCAGUCUCUGGGUCAGUGCAGGCUUCAGAUCGACUUAUGAAAGAACUCAGGGAUAUAUAUAGAUCACAGAGUUAUAAAACAGGGAUAUAUUCAGUGGAACUGGUAAAUGACAGCUUGUAUGAAUGGCAUGUUAAGCUUCUCAAGGUUGAUCCUGAUAGCCCACUGCAUAGUGAUCUUCAGGUCUUAAAAGAAAAAGAAGGUGUAGAAUACAUUUUACUCAACUUCUCUUUUAAGGAUAACUUCCCUUUUGAUCCUCCCUUUGUGCGAGUGGUGUCUCCUGUGCUCACUGGAGGGUAUGUCCUAGGUGGAGGUGCAUUAUGCAUGGAACUUCUUACUAAACAGGGCUGGAGCAGUGCCUACUCAAUAGAAUCAGUCAUCAUGCAGAUCAAUGCCACUUUAGUCAAAGGAAAAGCCAGAGUACAGUUUGGAGCCAAUAAGAAUCAAUAUAAUCUAGCAAGAGCACAGCAGUCCUAUAAGUCACUAGUACAAAUACAUGAGAAAAAUGGCUGGUACACUCCUCCAAAAGAAGAUGGCUAAUGCUGAGGACUGUUGCAUACCUGGACCAAUGUCAACAAAACAAGCUCUUUUUUAUGUUUUCCAACACACAGACUCAAGCUAUGAGUGCCCCUAUAACAGCUGUACUGAGGACUUUAGCUAUUAGAUAGUUAGUGGAUAAUCUGUCAACUGACACGUACAGUAUAAGUUACAGCCUUACCAUUCCGCUCCUCUUAGGCAUCUGGACUGAGCAGUUUGGGCCUUUACCAUAUUUGUUCUUAUGGAUUAAGCAGAUUUGGGCCACGCCCUCCCCUCUCCCUUUUUUAUUUGAAAGUAUAAACUCUCCCUGCAGCAGGCUAUCAACUUACUCAAGAUCAUACAAUAGGAGUGAGUUGUUCGCACACUUCUGUGUAUUUCUUACUUUUUGCAAAAUGCAGACUGCAGAGAUUUGCAUUGUAUUGUUUCAUUUAAAGCCAAGAAGUUUAAUACGUUGUUUAACAUUGUUUUAGGAAAUGUCAGGUCUUGCAAAUCACAGUAGUUUUUCUGGUCUAAAAUGACUGCGUUUGUAGUAUUUUCCAAAUUAAUGAUAUAGGAAAAACACAUGUAUGUUAAGUCAUUAAACAUUUUUCAUGGCUGUAUGAGAAUA